GGGCGGACCGAGGCUGUGGGACUGUGAGCUGCCCCUGCACGUGGACGUCUUCUCCCGCCGCUCUCCGACGGUGCUGACCGUAGCUCUGGCUGUGGCUGCGCCGCCGGGCUGGGGCUGCUCCGGCCGGCAGGGAAGAGGCGGCUCCUCCGGGGAACCAGAGCGCAUCCCAGACCUGGCAGCCCGCACCGUCCUGGGAGCGAGCCCGGGCCCCGCCUCCUCCUCCUUCUCGUCUUCCCCUCUGUGCUUCCCGGACCCCAGGGGAGGAGGGCGCGGCUCUGCUGAGCUACAGGCAGCGCUGGAGGCCCUGACCAGUUUCCCAGACUGCAGGUGCGCCCAAAGCUUCCACCCUGGCCGGGAGGAUGGAAGCAGUGGAGGCUGCCACAGCCGGCCCGCCUUCCCCCUUCAGCCCAUCUGCCUGGAGCCAGGGGCCACAGCCCGCCUGCGCCUGCUGUGUGCUCCCAGGCCAGCCCUGGGCCCCGGAGCCUGGCAGCCAGGGAGGCCGCUCCUGCGAAGGGGCCGGGAGAUCCUGCUGGAGCUGACUCUGGAGACCUCGGGGACUCUCCCUUCGGGGGCCAGGAGGGCCAGGAGAGGAGCCUCCAGGGGCACCAGCCCUCAGUUCCAGCUUCCCAGCUACCAUGUGUCUGUGCCCGAGAACGAGCCCGCCGGCACUCCCGUGAUCGAACUCCGUGCCCAGGACCCGGACGAGGGCGAGGCCGGCCGUCUGACCUACCAGAUGGAGGCACUGUUUGACGAGCGCUCCAUCGGUUACUUCCACAUCGAUUCGGACACCGGAGCCAUCACCAACAGCCGGCCCCUGGACCGGGAGACCAAAGACACCCACGUCUUGAAAGUGACGGCCGUGGACCACGGCCUCCCCCAGCGUUCGGGGGCCACCUACCUGACGGUGACCGUGAGCGACACCAACGACCACAGUCCCGUCUUUGAGCAGGUCGAGUACCGGGAGACGAUCCGGGAGAACCUGGAGGUGGGCUACGAGGUGCUGACCAUCAGGGCCACCGACGGGGACGCCCCGUCCAACGCCAACAUGCGCUACCGCCUCCUGGAGGGUGCCGACGGCGCCUUCAAGAUCGAUCCCCGCUCGGGGGUGGUCAGGAUUCGCUCCGUGGUCGACCGAGAAGAAGUGGCCGAGUACCAGCUUUUGGUGGAGGCCAACGACCAGGGUGUCAACCCCGGGCCCCGCAGCGCCACGGCCACCGUCCGGAUCCUGGUGGAGGACGAGAACGACAACUACCCCCAGUUCAGCGAGAAGCGCUACGUGGUCCAGGUGCCCGAAGACGUGGCCGUCAACACGGCCGUCCUUCGCGUCCAGGCCACCGACCGCGACCAGGGCCAGAACGCGGCCCUGCACUACAGCAUCGUCAGCGGCAACCUGAAGGGCCAGUUUUACCUGCACGCCCUGAGCGGGGGCCUGGACGUCAUCAACCCCCUGGACUACGAGGCCAUCCGGGAGUACACGCUGCGCAUCAAGGCCCAGGACGGGGGCCGCCCGCCGCUCAUCAACUCCUCCGGCCUGGUCAGCGUCCAGGUGCUGGACGUCAACGACAACGCGCCGCUCUUCGUGAGCAGCCCCUUCCAGGCGGCCGUGCUGGAGAACGUGCCGCUCGGCCACUCGGUGCUGCACGUGCAGGCCAUCGACGCGGACUCGGGCGAGAACGCGCGGCUGCACUACCGCCUGCUGGACGACGGGGACGCUUUCCCCUUCCAGAUCCACAACAGCUCGGGCUGGAUCACGGUGUGCGCCGAGCUGGACCGGGAGGACGUGGAGCGCUACAGCUUCGGGGUGGAGGCCCUGGACCACGGCUCCCCCGCCAUGAGCUCGUCGGCCAGCGUGGCCAUCACGGUGCUGGACGUGAACGACAACGACCCCGUGUUCACCCAGCCCGUGUACGAGCUGCGCCUCAACGAGGACGCCGCCGUGGGCAGCAGCGUGCUGACCCUGCGGGCCCGGGACCGCGACGCCAACAGCGUCAUCACCUACCAGCUGACCGGCGGCAACACGCGCAACCGCUUCGCGCUGAGCAGCCAGAGCGGCGGCGGCCUCAUCACGCUGGCCCUGCCGCUGGACUACAAGCAGGAGAGGCACUACGUCCUGGGGGUGACCGCCUCGGACGGCACCCGCUCCCACACGGCCCAGGUCUUCAUCAACGUCACGGACGCCAACACCCACCGGCCCGUGUUCCAGAGCUCCCACUACACGGUGAGCGUGCGCGAGGACCGGCCCGUGGGCACGUCCGUGGCCACCAUCAGCGCCACGGACGAGGACACGGGCGAGAACGCCCGCAUCACCUACGUGCUCGAGGACCCCGUGCCCCAGUUCCGCAUCCACCCGGACACGGGCACGCUGGUCACGCUCACGGAGCUGGACUACGAGGAGCAGGCGGCCUACACGCUGGCCGUCACGGCCAGGGACAAUGGCAUCCCUCAGAAGUCGGACACCACCUCCCUGGAGAUCCUCGUCCUGGACGCCAACGACAACGCGCCGCGCUUCCUGCGGGACCUCUACCAGGGCUCCGUGUUCGAGGAUGCCCCCCCCUCCACCAGCGUCCUGCAGGUGUCCGCCACGGACCGGGACUCGGGCCCCAACGGCCGCGUCCUCUACACCUUCCAGGGGGGCGAGGACGGCGACGGGGACUUCUACAUCGAGCCCACCUCGGGCGUGAUCCGCACCCAGCGCCGGCUCGACCGGGAGAACGUGGCCGCGUACACGCUGCGGGCCCUGGCCGUGGACAGAGGCAGCCCCGCGCCGCUCAGCGCCUCCGUGGAGGUCCAGGUGACCGUGCUGGACAUCAACGACAACCCGCCGGUGUUCGAGCAAGACGAGCUGGAGCUCUUCGUGGAGGAGAACAGCCCGGUGGGCUCGGUGGUGGCGAGGAUCCGCGCCGCCGACCCCGACGAGGGCCCCAACGCCCAGAUCAUGUACCAGAUCGUGGAGGGCAACGUGCCCGAGGUCUUCCAGCUGGACCUGCUCAGCGGCGACCUGCGGGCCCUGGUCGAGCUAGACUUCGAGCGCCGGCGGGAAUACGUGCUGGUGGUCCAGGCCACGUCGGCCCCCCUCGUGAGCCGCGCCACGGUGUACGUCCGCCUUCUGGACCAGAACGACAACCCUCCGGAGCUGCCCGACUUCCAGGUCCUCUUCAACAACUACGUGAGCAACAAGUCCAGCAGCUUCCCCUCCGGGGUCAUCGGCCGCAUCCCGGCCCACGACCCCGACCUCUCGGACAGCCUCAACUACACCUUCCUGCGGGGCAACGAGCUGAGCCUCCUCCUGCUCAACCCCCGCACCGGGGAGCUGCAGCUCAGCCGAGAUCUGGACAACAACCGGCCCCUGGAGGCUCUCAUGGAGGUGUCCGUGUCAGCUGCCAUCCAGGUCCGGGGCGAGAUGCUCAGGGGCCAGACCCAGCCUGGUCCUGCAAGGACCAAGAGGGAGGCCUUGGAGGCAGGGAUGGCAGCCAGUUCCUCUGUGGGCUCCCCCUCGUGGGCCGGGAUAAGGCUCUGGGAUGCAGUGGACCUCUACGGUGUAGGAGGGCACCUUUGGGCUCUCAUCCUGGAUAGACGGGGCCAAUUACAGGUGCUUUACCUGCCCGUCUGA